AUGCAUGUGACUGACAUGAAUUUAACAGAAGUCGAAGGACUAAGGGCGAUGAGCCAGUGCCCAAGGAAACAGAUAUUCGGCGGUGGAGGAUGCGGAAGCGAUGGAAACAAAACGUGCAUAAACAGUUUUGUUAAACAAGGUGGUGACAAGCCUAUCAGUUUAAGCUGCGAUCUAAUCUUUGGUGGUGAUGUGCUUUUGCAGAUUGAUCCAAGUAUCUACGGUGGACUAAUUGUAGAGUUUCAGCAAAAGGUGUUGGACAUGUCUAUCAGGACAAGGGCACAGCAGAUGGAGAGGCUCCUCCGUGAACCUGUUGACAUCAGCAGCCUCUGA